AAAAGGAAAAUUGCUUAAAGAGUACUUAUUUGGAAAAGAAAUUAAAAAAAAAAACAUUUCCACAUUCAAACCUCAAAAGACGCAAAAUUUCAAGGCGAGAGAAAAGAGAAAAGAAAAAAAAGCCCUCUUCUUCAACACCUCCUCCACUCCUCCCCAACACACAAUCAAAAAAAGACAUUCCUCUACUUCCCCACCUUCAAAACCACCACAAAACACAACCACACUCACCCCCAAAAAAACUACAUCAAAAAUCAAACAAACCCAUCAAAAAAUCCCAAAAAUGGGGAAAGAUUUAAGCGAUGAUCAAGUAACUUCAAUGAAGGAAGCAUUCACCCUUUUUGACACAGACAACGACGGCAAAAUCGCACCUUCUGAACUGGGAAUUCUGAUGCGUUCUUUAGGUGGUAAUCCAACACAAGCCCAACUUAAAGACAUAAUUUCUCAAGAAAAAUUAACAUCAGCCUUUGAUUUCAACAGAUUCUUAGAUCUCAUGUCAAAAUACCUUAAACCUGAACCUUUUGAUCGUCAACUUCGUGAUGCAUUCAAAGUUCUUGAUAAAGAAGGAACUGGGUUUGUUGCUGUUACGGAUCUGAGGCAUAUUCUUACUAGUAUUGGUGAAAAACUUGAGCCUGCUGAAUUUGAUGAGUGGAUUCGUGAAGUUGAGGUUGGAUCUGAUGGUAGAAUUAAGUAUGAGGAUUUUAUUGCUAGGAUGGUUGCUAAGUGAGGUGAUCCAUGGAGUUGUUGGCUUUUGUUUUGCGGAAAGAGGUGGCAAGAAUAUUAACCUUGUCUUGUCCGGUUGUUGGAUCCAGUUUAGUAGUUUGCAACCUCUAGCUGUUUUUCUUUACGAAACAGUUACAUUACCUCUAGAUUUCCCUUCUUUAUCGUCAAUUUGAAGUUUGUGUUUGCCUGACAAAUUGUGUUUGUAUUUGAAGGAUUCGCGAUUUGUCUCAAAUUAUCAUUUGUUAACAUUUCUAAUGCCCUUUUGGUUAACUCGUGUGUAGCCUAAUGAUGUAAGAAAGCCAGAAAAAAAUGACCUUGGACUAUGCUAUAUUGUUAUUGGAAUUUUAUAUUGUUGGUUC